AUGAUUUUGCAUUUCCCGGGAGGAAAACUGUUUUGUUUACUAACAGUCCUUACUCCCUGUCGGCUCGGGCACACUGCUCUGGAUGGCUGUGCACAGCACAGCUAUCCAGAGCAGUGUGCUGACAGUAAAGCACACCCCCCCACCACCUAGUAAAACACUUCCUACACAUAGUUAACCCUUUGGUCACCCCUCAUAUUAACCCCUUCCUGCCCAGUGCCAUUAGUACAGUGUCAGUGCUUUUUUUUUAGCACUAAUCACUGUAUUGGUGUCACUGGGGAUGUCAGUGACACCAGUUCAGUUCUCCUCAGUGUCAGAAUGCCCACAGUCCCGCUAAAA